CACCACUACCAUCCGCAUGAUCCAAGUGGUUCCUCCCUUCCUGUGCUGCCCUGGCAUCCUCAGCUGCUGUGCCAUGAGAGCACGCGUGUCUGGUGCCCCGAAGUCCGCUGCCGAUGAAGACCGCGUCGCCUUCCCUUUCAGGUCGCUCUGGUCGACGCCGGCGACGCAGGAGGACUACGGGCCGCCCUCGCCGCCCUCUCCCCUCACGCCCGCGCACAGUUCUUCAAAGAUUCCCUUCCACUGCACAAGGCCGCCGAGGGAGGCCGGAGGGCCACGGUGGAGGCGCUCCUCGCCGGAGGCGCUCACCCCAACGCCCGGGAGGAUUUUGGCCAAGAGACCCCCCUUCACAAGGCUGCCAAGGAGGGUCAUCAGACUGUGGUGGAAGUCCUCGUGGCGGCGGGCGCUGACCUCAACGCCAGAGACUGCUGGGGUAAGGCGACGGGAUCAACGUUUUUUUUUCUUACUGUUAUUAUUAACUGUAAUGUUAUUAUCUUUUAAUCAUUAUCAGUUUGGUCAUUAUCACUGAAAAUAAUUAUGAUAAUAAUAGCAAGAAAAUUGUAAAAUCAAUGUGAUCAUUAUUGUUACUAUUAUUAACAUUAAUAUUGUUUUUUAUUUCCAUGAUUGUUAUUAUUAUUAUUGUUGUUGUUAUUACUGUUGAUAUAUAUAUAUUAUCAUAGUAUUAUAUUCAUCAUCCCUUAAAACACAAAACCAAUUUAAUGAAAAAAAAAAAUGCAUUUCUUUAUCUCCAUUUCCUUUGGCAAGAAGAAAUAUUGUCUUGGGAAAAUUGACUAAUUGGCACCUUCUGCCUAACUGCCACGCUAUUUGUGAGAAAAGAAAAAUAGUUUGCAUGCCAUUAUUCUGCAUAUGGAUGGCGCCUUGUGACUGUUCUCUUCACACUCAGUGUUUAUACUAAUUGGUGGUCUGAGAUUUUGAACGCCAUUUUUCUGUCACUCAAGGUAUGGGGUUUUAUUGGGUGUUGCCAGUUAGUCAAUUUCUCAGAGCCGAUAUUUGUUUCUGAGAUAUAUAGGACAUAAUUGCCAAAUGAUAUGAUUUGUGUGUGCAUGCGUGUGUGCGCAUGUGCAUGUAUGUUUGUGUGUAUGUGUGUGCAUGUAUGUGUGUGUACGCCUGUGAGUGUGUGUGUGUAUGUGUGUGUGCAUGUAAUGUGUCUGCUUGUAUGUGUGUGUAUGCGUUUAUGUGUGUGCCUGUAUGUAUGUGUGUGCGUGUAUGUCUGUGUACGCCUAUGAGUGUGUGUGUGCGUGUAUGUCUGUGUAUGCCUGUGAGUGUGUGUGCGUGUAUGUGUGUGCAUGUAUGUCUGUGUAUGCCUGUGAGUGUGUGUGUAUGUGUGUGUGUAUGCCUGUUAGUUUAUGUAUGUGUACGCCUAUGAGUGUGUGUUUGUGGGUACGCCUGUGAGUGUUUGUUUGCGUGUGUGUGUACGCCUAUGAGUGUGUGUGUGUGUGUGUGUACGCUUGUGAGUGUGUGUAUGAAGAAGAAAACUCUAGGCCAUUUUUUUUUUCUUUCCCUUUCUCUCUCUUCCUUUUUUCUCUCUUGUGUGUGUGCGUACCUGUAUGUAUUUGUUUGUGUGUGUAUGUGUGUCUCCCUCCCUUUUUCUUCCUUUUUCCUCUUUUC